UCCUCUUUUUAGAGCAGGAUGCAGUUGUGGUUAUUCAUCCCCAAAGAAGGCAUUGCAGGUUAAACUUUAGCAAUUUACACUAUUUUUCUUUAGAACUACCUCAGGAAAUCUCCAUAAGAUUUUUUGUACUACAGGAUCUCCUGUGGUAUGCUUCAUUAUAUCUUUUUUAUACAGAGUCAGAAAGGACAAGAGCUUUUUUUAAUUGCUGGGGAAAAGAAACUUGGGGAGCUAGACAAAGAAGCCUCAGGAUAAAGGUAGCUGGUGAGUGAAUGUGCCUGACAGGAAGUUUGGACUUAAUGACCUUUUUGAUCUUUUCCAGUUGUUUGGGAAUUUUGUGGAAUUUUCAUGCACCAUGAACUUAGAUGACAACGCAAAAUGGCUUGAGUGGGUAGCCAAGCAGUUUGGGAGUAUUGCCGGUGAUGAUAAAGAGAUUGACUUCGAAGCGUUCAAAACUGCUCUCAAGGUGAAGGAGUCUUUUUUUGCUGAGCGAUUCUUUGCUUUGUUUGACUCGGAUGGAAGUGGUACCAUCAGUUUGGAUGAGCUGCUAGAGGCCUUGAAUCAGCUGAUUAAAGGAAGUGAAACAGACAAGCUCCGGUUCCUCUUCCAGGUUUAUGAUGUGGAUGGCAGUGGGUCUAUUAAACCGGACGAACUGCGCACUGUCUUAAAAUCAUGUCUGAAAGAGAGUUCAAUAUCUUUGCCAGAGCAGAAGUUGGAUGACCUCACAACAGCUCUCUUUGAGUCUGCAGAUUCUGACAACAAUGGAUACAUAACCUUUGAGGAGCUGAGGAAAGAACUGGAACAUUUUCCAGAAGUCAUGCAGAAUAUAACCAUAAGUGCUGCAAGCUGGUUAAAACCUCCAACAGCUCCACAGAAGACUCACACUCCCCACUACUUGAACCCAGCAUAUUGGCACAACAACCAAAACAAACUUCACUUUGUGGGCAGCUACAUGUGUGUGAAUAUACUCCUCUUCACAUUUGCAGCACAAAAGCAUGUCAGCUCUGGCAUUUGGAUUGUGCUGGCAAAAGGUUGUGGGCAGUGCCUGAACUUCAACUGUGCUUUUAUAGUGCUGCUGACGUUACGCCAAUGUCUAACAUGGUUACGUGCUACCUGGGUCGCCAGAGUUCUGCCUCUAGACCAGAACAUAAUUCUGCACCAGCUGAUGGGAUACACAGUGGUGAUUCUAACUAUAAUUCAUACAGGGGCUCACAUGGCCAACUUUGUGAUAAUGUCCUGGGCCAAGGACAGCUAUAACCUCUGGGAAUACCUGUUUACCACUCGUCCUGGCAUUGGCUGGAUUUAUGGGACCGCCUCUAUCACAGGUCUUGUGCUACAGGCUCUUAUCUGCCUCAUGCUCUUGUGCUCAAGCACCAUUGUUCGCAAGAGUGGGCAUUUUGAGGUCUUCUACUGGACCCACCUUUCUUAUAUCUUAGUUUGGGCUUUGCUAAUUGUCCAUGGUCCUAAUUUUUGGAAGUGGUUUGUAGUUCCUGGACUGCUGUUCCUCUUAGAGAAGGUGUUUUGUACUGUAUUAUCGCAUGCUAGAGGGAUGUACAUUGUGGAAAUCAACCUCUUACCCUCAAAGGUAACUCAUUUGGUGAUUAAGAGACCUCGGUUUUUCCACUACAAGCCUGGUGACUAUGUAUACCUGAAUAUCCCAGUCAUAGCUAAAUAUGAGUGGCAUCCAUUCACCAUUAGUAGUGCUCCAGAACAAUUAGGAACCAUAUGGUUGCAUAUAAGAUCCCAGGGACAAUGGACCAACAGAUUAUAUGAAUACUUCUGGCAUCAUAAUAAGCUUCAGACCCAUAGGCCCGAGUUGUUGGUGGCUAGAAACCAAGGAAACAAAAACAGGUCCAAGAAGUGGAUGCAGAAAAGUCUCUUUGGCUUCUUUGACUUGGACCAGUCUGUGGCCACCAGUGGAGAUGAGAUGAUUGAGAUCUUGUCUUAUACACCCACAUGCAAUCCCAGUUGGGGGGCUGCAAGCAAACAUGAGGAGAUGAACAACAUGCAAUCCAGAAAUAACCUUGUCUUGCCUAGCAAACACGUACAUCCCAUACUCAAGUGUUAUAUUGAUGGUCCUUACGGAACUUCUACACGACGGAUCUUCGCUUCAGAACAUGCAGUCUUGAUAGGGGCUGGAAUAGGGAUCACACCAUUUGCCUCUGUUCUGCAAAGCAUUAUGUUCAGAUAUCAUACAAGGAAGCAAACCUCAUUUACCCAGAACCACACAUUGGGUGAGAACCUUCAGGAUGAGAAGAUGAAACUCCAGAAGGUUGACUUUAUUUGGAUUAAUCGAGACCAAGUAUCCUUUGAGUGGUUUUUAAGCCUGCUCACUGAGCUGGAGAUUAGUCAAGCUAACGAAGACCCUACUGGGGACUUCCUGGAGAUGCACUUGUAUGUGACUUCAGCACUCAACAAGAAUGACAUGAAGGCCAUUGGCCUGCAGAUGGCAUUAGAUCUGCUUGCAAAAAGGGAAAAGAAAGACUCCAUCACAGGCCUCAGAACAAGAACCCAGCUAGGACGCCCAGACUGGGAUAAGCUCUUUCAGAAACUGGCUGAUGAAAACAAAAGGAAUGUCCAUGUCUUCUUUUGUGGCUCUCCAGCUCUUGCCAAAGUAGUCAAAGCUUACUGUGAACAGUUUGGCUUUCAGUUCUUCAAAGAGUAUUUCUAAGGAGCCCUUGUUCCCUUGCCAACAGCCAUCCUGGUUCUUGCGUUAGUUGUAUGUCUAUAGUUCUCAGUGUGACAAAUGUCUUGAGCUCUGUAACCCAUCACACUCUGCAAAGAUAUAUCAGAAACUGUUUUAACUCUUUCCUCUUAUAAUUUUAACUUUGGUAAGUAUAUAAGACAGUACAGAGUAUGUGUUGUCUCUCUUUCUGUUUUUUAAAAAUAUUUACGCUCCG